AUGAAUCUGAUUUUGAAGGUAAAAUUAAAAUUACUUUUAUUUUUAUGGUUGCUAUCAGGUUUAAUAACAUUAUUUUUAGAAGAACUUCUUUUGAAUAAAAGUGAAGCAACAAAAAUAGAAAAAUCGUUAUCAUUGGACCAUGAAAAAGAUCUUGUUACAGCAAAAGAGAUAAAAAUUGCUUUAUCUAAGGAAACAGACUCCAAAAAAAUACUGCCACUAUUAACCACCGUGACAAUCGAUUGGAAUGCAGCAAAAAUUGAAAAAAUGUUAGGCGUCACGAAUUACAUGGCUAAGACCGCUCUGAAGAUUCGUAAAUCAUCAGGAUUUGGUGCAGCUCCGAGUACUAAAAUUGGUCGCGCUUUAUCAAAUUCUACUAUUGAAAAAAUACGAAGCUUUUACGAGUCUGAUGAAUAUAGUCGUAUUAUGCCUGGCAAAAAGGACUGCAUUUCAAUAAUGAUAGAAGGAAAGAAAGAGAGUGUUCAAAAAAGACUGCUUCUCUCUAAUAUCAAAGAUCUGCACGGGAAAUUUUUAGAGAGAUAUCCAGAUACAAAGGUUAGUCUGUCAAAAUUUACAAAGUUAAGGCCAGCCAACUGCGUAGUUGUUGGCUGUAGUGGCAGUCACAAUGUCGGUGUCUGCAAAAUACACCAGAAUAUAAAACUUAAAAUUCAUGCAUUAAAUCUUGCGCUUAAAGAAAGCGACCAGACGUACACUAUCAAUGAUUUGACAAAGAAUAUGAUGUGUCCCGAUCAGGAAGAGUCCUGCAAUUUGUUAAUUUGUGAUGAGUGUCCAGGUUUUUCCCCACUAUCAAAAAAUCUAGCUGAUCGUUUCAAGGCCAAAAACAUUGUUGAAAGAAUGGACUUUUUUUUAUAA